GCAACAGAAGAAAUCCAGAGAUUACGUCGUCAAGUAACUAGAUCCCGGUCUCCGUCCCCAUCACGGACAGUCUCAACAAUCUUAUCUCGCGUUGAGGCUGAGAGAGACGAAGCACUUGCUGAUCUCAGGAGAGCUUCAAGUGAGGUUGAAUCAUUACAAGAACAAUUGAAGGUUAGUCCUGCCUGGUUUCUGCAAUGAAUGUGUUAAUGACUACAACAAUCACGAGCGGAAAAUUGCGCAGACAAAUUGACCAUGUCGCUGAGAAUUCAUUGCAGUUCACCAUGCAUGGGCUCAGUCAAGAUUUUCGCUUGCUUUUUGUUUUGCUUUAUUUGUACGUAUACGUAUAUCGAAGCUGAAUUUGUAGGUUUAAAAUGAUUUCAAAUAUGCUUGAGUCUAGGUCAUGAUACUGUUCUGAAGGCCUUUAUUGUAGCCUUUUCGUUAUCUGAAACUUUUACCAAUAAAUCAAAAACUUUGCCGCCUAUUGCUGCAAAUAAUCAGUACCCUACUUUUCCAUGGCAAUUCCUCGCACCUGAAUAAGUCCAUCCAUCGUCAUUCUUGUCUUUCGCUCUGCCAAUUGAGCUACACGAUACAGUUACGAAUUUACAUUUUCUUAUACGCAAGAUUUCUGAUUUUUUAGGUUAGAACGGACAGCGCUGUUUCAGAACGACGAAGACAUCAACAAAGUAUUGCAGAUUUGGAAUCAGCUUUAGAGAAGGUAGCCAUUACCAGUUCAAGUGUGACACUAUCCACCGGAUAGUAAAUCCCAACCUUCGUUAAAUUGGUCGUUGAUUGGUAUAUUAAACCCAGAUUAAAAUUUAGUAUAAUAAGUUAAAAGUUUUUUAUUCUUCUUUUGUAGCUUUUCAGGUAUUCUUAAAUACAAAGUUAGAAAACUUCACUAUCCGGUGGAUAGUGGUUUCCGGCCUUCGUACAGUACAACCGGCCUCUGAUUUAUUCGAAGAUCCAUCUAAACAUUAAAUUACAGCUGACUUAAAAGGCAUAAGAAACACUUAAUAUAUACAAAACAGUGUCCAAGAAAACAAUUUGAGAAAAGCUUCGUCAAAACGUUCGUACUGAAAAACAUAACCUUUUUAACCGCUUGGCACAGCUGUGGUCCGUGGCCAAACAUGAAUGAUAAGUGACUAUCUAUGUGAGUGACACAGUGUGCAGAUGCUCUUAAGGGCCGUUUAUACACAUGCAAUUUUUGCCACGAUUUUAGAGGCGUUUUCCUUCUUCUGAUGGAUGUGAACGAGUGGAUGAGUUACGAAUGUUCAGAUCAGGGUUUCUAUGCCCAGAACAUUCAAAACUUAUCCACUCGUUUACGUGCAUCAGAGAAGAAAACUGCCACAGGAAUCGGUGCAAAAAUUGCAAGACACGCCGAUGCUCACCAAACCGUGUCCUAAAAGAUCUUCCAGUUUCCCUGGAAGAUUGGGGGAAAACUCCAUACUUAUUUCAUAUAUUUUGUUUUAUUUGUUGUAGUUUUAUGUGUAUUUGUAUUAAUAUAUUCUGCAAUGUGAUUUACAUCUUUUGUUUAUACUUUGUUUUGACUAAAGCCAUGUGAUUGGUUUAUUUUUUGUCACGUGAUGUUUUUAUAAUCUCAGUAUAAAAGCUCAUGUAUUUUUCCCGACCCCCACUUGUAACUCCAAACGAAGAGCCUUCGCUCGAAACGUCGAAAUUCUCCUUAUAUUUUUCAGAUAGUUGCAUCCCUACCAACGAAAGCGUGUUAAUAUUAUUGCCACUACAUACACUGACACAGACAGUUAUAACUUUAUAGUCUUCCCUCCAAACUUGGUUAAUGCAAAGAGACUAUUGAAUUUGAUAUUUCAUCAUUGUGUAUUUUUUGUUCUAUAGCUUGAAAAAGAGAAACGGGAUGCCGAAAUGAAAAUCGCAUCUCUCAAAAGUACCGUGUCGGAGUUAGACGAACAACUAAGGCAAACAUCGUCAAAAUUCGUGUCCUGUCGUGAUACAACUUUGGAGAAGGAAGCUGAGGCGAAUAAAAUGAGAUUGAUUGCAGACCAAGCUGAGAGAUCAGUUGAGGACUGUCAACGUCAGCUGGCUAGGAAAAAUGAUGAUCUCAGGGAAAAUGAUGAAAAUAUACGGAGUUUAGAACAAAAAAUAGGUACAGUAAAUGUAGUUUAUGUAGUACCGUGUAUAAUACUUUUUGUAAAUAAUAUUUCAUUGUUUGGGAUAAAUUUGAGAAAAAGAAGCAUCUUUACAGUAGUAUUUGAAAAGCAGGAUCAAUUUGAGGCAUACUGUACGACUACUCUAUAUACUAUUCCAAAGCUAAAUAUCAAAGGACUUGUGCUUUUAUGAUUCUCGCUUUGGGUGCGAGAGGUUUCAAACAUGUAUUUGAAAUGUUACUCAGAGUAACAUCACAAGCAUCAUAUUCACCUGAGUACAUUACACCAACACAGAAAAAAUCAUGUAUUUGAAAUUUUCAAAAAAUGCGAUAUGUCAUGCUUUUAUUUUUUUUGAAAAUUUCAAAUACAUGUGUGCUUUUACGUACAUCAUUUUAUAUUAAAAUAAAUUAAUCUUUCUAAGUAAAGAUCAAUAUAGUAUGCAUGCAUGUUCACGUAUUUCUAAAGGAGUGGAUAUAUCACCCUUUUCAAGUCAAGAAACGGUAUUAACUGGGGGCUCUGUCCUGGGUAGAAAAUGCCAAGUCUGAAAAUCUCGAAUGAAUCAAUAAUAAAUUCUUCUUUUAGACGAAAUGGAGAAGUUAAAUUCAGCUUUACGACAAGAUAUCGUCAAACUACGCGGUACAGUCAAGUCUCUUGAUAUCGAGAAAGAUAAUUUACAGCAACAGGUUGAUGAAAAAACAGAACGUGUAAUGGCACUUGAUGCGCGACGUGUGAAACAGGUACAAAACCCGUCAUACUAGCCUACGUAAUUGUAUUUCUACAUAAUAUAUUUUCCAAAAUUGAUGUGGAGUAAAGUUGAUAGACUUUGAAUAAACAGGACGAUGACCUGGGCCCCUUAUACGAAGCAGACUGAAUAGCUGGGCCAUUCAGCUACGAAGGGUGGAUAGCUAUCCACCACAUAGUGAUUUUUUUAACCGCUGAAAAAAUGUUGAAAGCUUCCGUAUAAAACUACGAAUAUGGACCCCACAGUUAUUGAAAACUAAGAAACCUUAAUUAACCCUCGUAAAUGGCCUGUUUUUGCCUAGUCGGUAAAAUUGGGGAUUUUUCUGAUGAGGCAGGUAUUAAAGAACAUUGUCAAUAUGUGUCGGCAUUUGCUCGGCAAUUUCCGAGUGCCGAGGCGAAUUAUGAUCGAAAUAUUAAAGUAUAAUUAACAAUUAGUCACCGAAGUGGAGGUGAAUAGUGCAAGGAUAUUCACCGAAACGCGUGAGGUAUUUUUAAAACAAUUUGUAUUUCAGCUCCCGUAUAGUUGAAAUACAAAUUAGUGAACAAAACACGCUUUCGGUAAUUUUAUCAUUUUUAUUCAUUAGAUUGAAAUGGCUUUAAAGAAUACCUCUACACACUGUUAAACAAAACUUUGUGACUUUCUUUGUGUUUGGCGAGACUGAAGCUUCAUUUAGUACAAAGAUUUGCUUAUCUGUAACCGGAACGAAACGGGAAGCCAUUUUGUUUUUUGUCUGGAGGUGAAUAGUGCAAGGAUAUCGGGAGCUGAACAACCAAUGGAAUUGCGAGAAAAGCACUGUCUAUCCACCUCCCGAGUAUGGAGUAUUAGAAAUAUUAUUGUUGAGCUAUACACAUUCGUGCAUGUACAUGUUUAUUGUUUAAAAAUAAAAGCAUGGUUUUAUUGUUUUAAUAAAAUUCGCUGUUCCGAAAAACUGCUUAUUAUCUGCCUGUUUCGGUUUAAUGCCUUUUUUCUUGAAUGACUGUCUGGCACAUAGUCUCUAUAAAGGGAUGUUUUGCUUUCUGUUCCUCUGGUUUAUUAACUUAAUAUCUUUUUUCUUCUAAGGACAAAACAGAGAAUGAACUAAAACUCACUAUUGAUGACGUGGAGGCCAAAUUGCAGUAAGUACUGUACAUACUUACGGUCGCGCCCUUACAGAAUAUAAAAGGUUACGAUAAAAUUGUGGACUGCAACGCAGAGGCGACGACAAGGUGGAUGUGAAAAUGACGUGCCUAGUGGUGUCAUUUGGGGGGUUUAGCAGGGCAAUUAUCACCAAAAAUAAUACAACUGAUCUAAAGUCAUUGCACCCAUGCAGAUGUCUACUACCGUUUUUCAGAAGAUUGAGUUCCUUUUGGGGGGAGAACGUUAAAAUAUUUUAUGGUCAGGGGCGCACAUUCCAAAAUAUUUUGCAGGGGUUUAAAAUAUUUCGGGACCGAGUUUUUACAUGUUUACAUUUUGGAAGGGGGAGUUCCACGAGGCGCCAUCAUGAUCGGCGGCGAGCGGAAAAAUUUUGAAACUUUGAAGUCUCUAGAUCGUCGGAAAUGGCAUUUUCAGAAUCUAGUUUGGCCAUCAGCUGGCUGUAGAGCACAGAAAAGAAGUUGAUUCAGGCAGUGUAUAAUGGCAAUUAGCAAUUCUGUAACCUUAUUAUUUUUGGACACUGUUCAAAAAUAAAUCUCACGGAAAAAAUAAUUUUGUUUCAUUUGGGACCGACUUUUUGGACUAUUUCUCAAAAUUAUGGGGGUGUCACACCCCUUCACACAGCCCCGUAAUGUGCGGCCCUGUUUGUGAUACACAUUUGUAGUGUGCAUGGGCAUGAGUAUUUCUCUACGAGAUUUUGUGUCUCAGAAGUGAAACAGUUUUCGACAGCUUUUUGAACAAAAUUAUAUAGAAAAACAGGUUUUUAUAAUUGUGAAAAAAAUCAUUCUGGAGGAAGAUUGAGUUUUAAAACUCAAUUGAAGAUUGAGUAUUUACUACCGUAUACCGGUAGUAGAAAAGUGCUUGAAAAUAUCCCUGGAUGAAUGUGCAUAGUUGCAUAAUUGCAUUUAUGCAUAAUAUUUUGGUCAUUUGGAGGCCUCUCAAAACCACCUAGGCAACCUUAUUAAUUUGUUUACAAUUUUUUCACAAGCUUAGAAUGUAACAGUGCUGGAAGAUGUCCGGCAGCGCUAGUAGCACGGCUGCCAGGAAAAUUUUAACAAAAUAUCUUCGCAGGAAAUUUUCUUACAUCUUUAUACUGAAUUAAAUUAAUGUAAUCAUGUAUUCCAUAAAUAAUCCAAAAGCGUUUUGCGAGUCAAAAUUAUCGUAUGCUGAGAUCGAAGUUUAUCACAUUAAUUAAUGUGCGGCACCAUACGUUCUCUGAAAUCUACAUAUGCAGGAAGUUUUAUAUUUGGUCUGAGUUAGACAAAAAAAUAUUAUUUUUGGAGUUGCCAGGAAGAAAAAUAUGUUUUCAAGACCUGAAAUCUAAAAUCCCCUAUACCAUCCCACUGCUCGUUUCUGGCCUCUGGCAGAACACUGCUGAGUUCAUCUCCCUUAGCAACCUCCUCUUGCCUGGUCAAACUUGAUUCACCCCUAAUCUAAGUCUCUGUAAUAUGUAGAAAUGUGUUAUUUCAGGCAUGCACUUGGCGAGGGGAAUCAAAAACAGCGAGAAAUUAAAACAUUGAAACGUGACCUGGAUAGAAAGGAUGAUGACUUGGGUGAAACAACUAGAUUACGUGAUGCUGUUGCUAGGGAGAACAAGAGAGUACAGGAGGACCUUGUUACUAUGACAGCCGAGAAUCAG